UUCAAUACCGCACUGAAUGUUGUUAACCUCGUGGUUAUCAGCGUCGUGCCUACCCCACAAUAAAUAUUUAAUUAGCUCGCACAUAUAGCGCGCGCCACUCACUGCGGGGCCAGCGGCCGCCUCCUGCACACUACUUCGCACUACUCUGCCGGUGCCACUGCUGUACCCGUGACAUUUCCACCGAGGCUAUAAACUUGUUUUAUUAAUUUAGAACAUACAUAUUCAUUGUGUUAGAUGCUAUCGAGUAGUCCUAUCAGGCGCACGUUUAUUGCCAAACUGUGAUACGAGCACAUCGUGCACUAGUCGCGGCCUCCAGGACAUGCCCCAGCGCUGCAGUGGUGCGGAGAGUGAGUUACAGUGAGAUACGUGCGAGUGGCAGCAGUACCUGUGCCCACGGAGCAGGCACACUGACUAUUGUGGUAGCAGUGUAAGAGGAACAUGGCAGAGCUGAACGCGGAGUCAAAGCGCGUGCACCUGGACGAGGUGCUGGGGCAGCUGGGCGCGUUCGGCCGCCACCAGGCCGUCACGAUGGCCAUGCUGGCACUGGUCUACGCCACGAACUCCAUGUACAACGUCAACUACGUCUUCGCCGUCGAGGACGUCGGCUACAGAUGUAGGAUACCAUCGUGCGACGGCCCUGACGCUUUGUUCAGCGUGCCGUGGCUGAACCAGUCGCAGGAGUGGUCGGACGAGCCGCUCAAGCAGUGCCGGGCGCCCGUGGUCACCGGCUGCGCGCUCUCCAACCGCACCGGGGACGAGCUCUGCACGCACUGGGUGUACGAGAAGCCGGACAGCUUCACCGCAGAGUUCGGGCUGGCGUGUGACGACUGGAAGCAGACCCUGGUGGGCACCGUGCACAGCUUCGGCAACAUGCUGGGCCUGCUCAUACAGGGCCAGAUCUCGGACAGGUUCGGCCGCAAGACGGCGGCGGUGUUCGCAGGCACGAUGGGUGCCGCACUGGGCCUCACCAAGAGCUUCGCCACCUCCUUCUGGUUCUACAUCGUGCUGGAGGCGCUCGAAGCGGCUGUCGGAGACGCGCUCUCUCCCAUGUUCAUGCUGAGUAUAGAAAUAGUGGAGAAAAAGCGUGCUGUUCUAUUCCAAAUGAUUUUACUGAACUGUUACACAUGCGGCCUAAUUGUGAUGCCGUUCAUUGCGUGGGCGGUGCCCUACUGGAGGAACUUUCUACGAGUCAUAUACGCCCCGACACUCCUCAUUCUUACUUACUCCAUCUUCUUGGACGAGAGCAUCCGCUGGCUGUAUAGCAAGGGUAGGAAAGAACGCGCGGUGCAGCUGAUACAGAAGAUUGCAAAGAGGAAUGGCGUGAACAUCGACGGUACCAUGCUGGACAAGCUGGACUACGCAGACGAGGAGACCAAGACUGGCGUCAGCGACAGGAAGUUACUCAUGAAGACGUUCAAAUCAAGAAUUAUGAUGCAAAGGUUCCUGGUGUGCAUGGUGUGGUGGUUCACUAUAACGCUGAUCAACUACGGCAUGAUGAUCAGUGCGGUUCACAUCGCCGGCAACAAGUACGUCAACUUCUCCCUGCUGAUGCUGAUGGACAUUCCCGCCAACGUAUUCUACUGGCUGGCACUCUCCAAGUACAAGAGGAAGAUACCACUCCUCGCAUCAUUCAUGGUUGGAGGGAUAUUUUGUAUCUCACAGCCUUUCGUGCCUAAAGGCUACGCGUGGCUGGGGCUGACGCUGUUCAUGAUGUUCGAGAUGCUGGCCACGUUCUCGUACAACAUCGUGUACAUGUACACGUCGGAGCUGUUCCCCACCUACACCAGGAACUCCAUGCACUCCAUCUGCUCCGCCAUCGGCCGCGUCGGCUCGCUUGUAGCGCCGCAGACACCGCUCUUGAUGUCAUACUGGUAUGGACUUCCAACAUUUCUGUUCGGCGUGACGUCCGUAGUGGCGGGCUCACUGACGCUGCUCAUGCCGGAAACAGCUCGGUCUGAGCUACCCGACACCGUCGCAGAGGCCGAACGGAUCGGACGCAAGCAACUGUUGCCGGAGCAACAAAGUCUCACGCAACGAAACAGGAGACGAAGUUAGGCCAUCGUGUUGAUGUUGCGGGCCGUCGACUGUAACGUGUUCACAAGUCUGUCACGUUGUGCGCGCUGUACUCCGCGAGCUUCAGUGGAAGCUUACACCUACCUCCUCUCAUGUGAUAUGUCUACACAUUAACGUUCGCUUAUAUCUCGAGUGGAUCAUAGUUAUAUAAUUUCCUUUGAUUAUAUUUUCAAAGUUUAUACU